AUGAGUUGGGCGAUACAACAAAUAACAUUGUAUACAAUUUGCAUUCCUGUAAUUUUUGCAUUAUGUAUUUUGGCAGCAUUCUUUAACAUAUUGGUAUUAUUAGCACGAAUUCAAAUUAAAAAUCGUAAUGGAGCAUUGGAAUUAACAUUUUCCUUAGCUGUAUCAGAUAUUUGGACAUCGAUUGUUAUCGUUGUAUCAUUAUUUCGGAAUUCAUAUAUGCCUGUUGUAUUGGGUGUAAAUUAUUCAUCCGUAUGUUUCUCACUUACUUUAGAGGCAUUUAGAACAGGUGGAUUAUUAACCGGUCUUCUUCAUUUAUGUACUUUAGCAGUUUAUCAUUUAAUAUCGAUUACACAUCCGUUCAAUCAUGGGAAAUUAUUAAAUCAAUAUAGGAGUCGAAUAAUUGUUUGCCUAAUUUGGUUUUUACCACCAUCACUUCUUUUAUUAUACUUUUCCGCUUGGCCUAAUCAAGGAUAUCGAAUUAAAAAUUGCUCAGUGGUGGAAUUUUAUGAUAUGCUUUAUUUUCGAAUGAUAAUUUCAAUUUUGAUUGUUGCACUUAUGUUAUGUACUGGAUUGAUGUAUUGGAAGUUACUCAGGAAGCUAAAUGAAUCUUUUUCAAAAUCUAUUACAACAAUACGUAAACAACGUAUAGUGAUAGCAUCAGGCCUUAUUUUUGGAACAUUCGUCAUAGGUUGGUUACCGGCAUCAUUACUUUAUAUACUUACUGCGCAAAAUAUGCCACUUUAUCAUAUCAAAAGUAUUUGGUUGAAUAUAUUUGCACUAACGUCAUUAAUUCUAAUUAUGAUUAAAUCAAUCACUAAUCCAAUUAUCUAUGCUACCAGAAUUCCAGAAAUUCGACAUUUAAUCGCACAAUGGCGAAAUCAUGUCGAAAUUGGCAGGAAUAAGCUUAAAAAUAGCAAAAGGAAUUGUCAAGAACAUGAAACAACAUUUUGCAAAAUUGAAAAGCAUAGAAAUGAAAUGCUGGAUUAA